AUGUCGUUGAAAGUGCCAAAGGCGGGCACGCCCAUCUUCAAGGAUGGCUACAAGAUCUCUCAAGGUAUCGAGGAUGCCGUCUUGAGGAAUAUCGAAGCGGCUUCCGAGCUGAGCGGCAUGCUCAGGACAUCGUUCGGUCCCAAUGGCAAGAACAAGAUCGUCAUUAACCACCUGAGCAGGACAUUUGUCACUUCCGACUCGGCCACCAUCCUUAGAGAAUUGGAUGUCGUACACCCCAUCGGCAAGUUGUUGGUGCUCGCUUCGCAGCAACAGGAAGCCGAGCUGGGAGAUGGCAGCGCGCUGGUAGUCAUGCUAGCCGGCGAGCUGCUGCAAAAGGCUGCUCAGCUCAUCACCUUGGGCCUGCACCCUACCGAAGUGCUCCAAGGCUACGAGCUGGCCAGAGACAAGGCCGUACAAGAGCUUGAAGGUGAGUUGAUCAGAUUCUUGCAGGCGCGCGGCGCGCGAGCAGGCCAUUGACACACAUUACCUCUUCUCAUAGACCUCUCUGUCGCAUCUUUGACAUCGCCGCCCACAGUCGAGUCGCUCGCCCUGGCCAUCCGUCCAGCGCUGGCCUCCAAACAGUACGGCCAAGAGGACCUGCUGGCGCCGCUCGUUGCACAAGCUGUAUCGCUCGUUUUGCCUCAAGCUCCUUCCGGCACAGGUGCAUCCUCAUCUUCGAGCGCAGCCUUCUUGAAAGACUUCAACGUCGACAAUGUGCGCGUAGUCAAGAUCAUGGGCGGCUCACUCAGCGACUCUAGAGUGGUACGUGGUAUGGUAUUUGGCCGCACACCAGAGGGCGUCGUUCGCAAAGCAGAGGCUGCGAAAGUGGCUGUCUUUACUUGCGGCCUGGAUAUCAGCCAGACCGAGACGAAAGGAACGGUGCUGCUACACAAUGCCAAGGAGCUCUCGACGUUCAGUCAUGGCGAAGAAAAGUCACUGGAGCUCAUCAUCAGACAGAUUGCAGAUUCCGGCGUAAAGGUGGUCGUCACCGGGUCCACUGUUGGGGAGCUUGCCAUGCACUACUUGAACCGAUUCGGAAUCCUGGUCAUCAAGAUUCUCAGCAAAUUCGAAUUGAGAAGACUGAGCACUCUGCUGGGUGCUACGCCUCUCGCUCGCAUGGGUCCUCCCACUCCCGAGGAGGCAGGAUGGGUAGAUGUGGUGGAGACGACCGAGAUUGGUGGAGACAGAGUGACUGUCUUCAGGCAGGAAGAAGGCAAGGUCGGUGGAAAGGCGAAGCCUCGCAUGGCUACAGUGGUCCUACGCGGAGCGACUGCCAACCUGCUGGAUGACGUGGAAAGGGCAGUAGAUGAUGGUGUCAACGUGAUCAAAGCCUUGACAAGGGAUGCCCGAUUAGUGCCGGGUGCAGGCGCAACCGAGGUGGAGCUCUCUAGGCGCGUAGCCGAGUUCGGGGAAAAGAUGCCAGGACUGCAUCAGCACGCGAUUCGCAAGUUCGCCGAAGCUUUGGAAGUUGUCCCUCGCACGUUGGCCGAAAACGCGGGUCUGGAUGCGACGGAGACUGUCAGCGCCGUCUUUGCCAAGCAUGCCAACAAGGAUAGUGCGGAUGUUGGGAUCGACAUCGAUGUAAGUCUCCCGUGCUUUGGCGCAGUGAGGCUGCGCUGGAUUAGUCACGCCUGACCUAUCCGCCCAAUUGCCCCUGACAGGGCGAGAAUGAUGGAACAGUUGCUACCACGCCGGCGCAAAUCUUCGAUGUGCUGGCUGCGAAGCACUGGGCCCUCAGGUACGCCACUGGCGCUGCCGUCCAGGUCCUAUCCGUCGACAGCAUCAUCAUGUCCAAGCCUGCCGGCAUCAAGGUGAGCAUCAAGCAGUUGCCACAUCCGCCAAUUUUGCUUCUUGCCUAACCACAAAACGCGUUCCCGCGCACCGCUUCGUCUUGCCACAGGUGCCACAGCAAAAGGGAUGGGACGAAGACUAG